AUGUACGUCAAAGUAACCCUAGCGGGUGCAGUGUUAUUGAGAGUUGCGGCCGCACAGCAGUCGGUUUGGGGGCAGUGCGGAGGUAUUGGCUACACAGGUCCCACGAGCUGCGCUUCUGGUUCCUAUUGCAGCGUUUUGAACCCCUACUACUCUCAAUGUCUACCUGGGGCAGCUUCGACGACGACUACGACUACAACUACUCCUAUUACGACAACCCGCUCGACUACGCUUGUAACGACCAUUAGAACGACUGUGUCGGAGAGUACUACAAGAAUAACCACCACCCGUACGACAACCACUAGUACUACUGCCAGUACUACCGCCCGUACAACAACCGCAAGUACUACUACCGCAACGGCGAUCAGUUGCACCUCAAACACCCCACCUGCAAACGCUGGAAGUGUGCAGUACGCCGGUAUUAACAUCGCAGGCUUCGAUUUCGGAUGUACCACCGAUGGCAAUUGCAAUGGAAGAGUUAGCGCUCCACCUACUCAACAAUUUCAGCACUUUAAGAGCGACGGGUUUAAUACCUUCCGUAUUCCUAUCGGUUGGCAAAGUCUUACACCACAGCUCGGUGGCUCACUUUCUGGGUUGAUCAGCCAAUAUGAUUCUACGCUUCAACAGUGUUUGCAGACUGGUGCUUAUUGCAUUAUCGAUGUCCACAACUAUGCUCGCUGGAACGGUGCCAUUGUCGGACAAGGUGGCCCCACUGACGACCAAUUCGUCAGUCUAUGGACCCAACUCGCCCAGAAAUAUGCAAACCAGCAAAAAGUCUGGUUUGGAAUCAUGAACGAACCACAUGAAGUGAAUAUUCAAACCUGGGCUGCAACUGUUCAGAAGGUAGUCACCGCCAUUCGCAAUGCGGGUGCAAAGACUCAGCCUAUUCUUCUUCCUGGAAACAAUUACGCCUCAGCCGGCGCCUUCAUCUCAUCAGGCUCCGCGGACGCUCUCAUCCAAGUCAAAAAUCCAGACGGCAGCACAACCGGCCUCAUUUUCGACAUCCACAAGUAUCUCGACUCCGACAACUCCGGAACACACGUCGAGUGCGUCACUGACAAUAUCGACUCCGCCUUCCGUCCACUAUCCUACUGGCUGAGGUGCAAAGGUCGUCAAGCGAUCCUUUCAGAGACCGGAGGUGGAAAUGUACAAAGCUGCGUGACAUAUAUGAACCAACAAUUAGCAUUCUUGAACCAGAAUAGUGAUGUUUAUUUAGGUUAUAUUGGAUGGGGUGCAGGAAGCUUUGGACCAACUUAUGAGUUGACUGAGACGCCAAAUUCGGAUGGGACUGAUACGUUACUUGUGAAGCAAGCGUUGAUUCCGCAGUUUCAUCCAUAA